AUGCCGCCCAAAAAGGUCUCGCUGCCGCCCAACCCUCCACCAGACCCCUCCCAGAGCCUCCCGCUCGCCUACUCGACCUUCUUCCCCGUAGCCCCCCUCAACGCCAAGAACGUUUCCUCAUCCUACCUGAAGACCGAGGCUCAGACCUGGAUCAGCCGCUCCCAGGCCGCUCGCGACUCGCAACAGAACUCGGCCUCGCGUGGCAAGAAGCGCAAGCGCCAGGCCGCUGCAGCCGCCGCCGCCACCGCACAGGGCGCAGACGGCGAUGACCCGGAUCUUACCGCCGCCGGCAUCGACGACGACGAGGGGGACAGCGAAGAGGAGGACGCGGAGGGAGAGCCCGGGAAACCUUCAGGCCCGGCUGCGAGGACCAUCGUCAUCCAUCCGGGCUCCGAGUUCAUCCGCGUCGGCAGAGCCACCGACCUCUACCCACUCACAUUCCCCAGCGCCAUCGCCAGACGGCCAAAGCUGCCACAGAAGCAGCAGGUACAGGCGUCGCAGCCAUCCGCAGAGGCUGAACCGGCGACGGCUGCGCCGACAGACGGAGCAAAUGGCGACGUCGGCGAUGCCGCAGCAGCUGCUGCGCCGGCGGCCAACGGAUCGGAGACCUCAUCGGAGCAGCAGCAGCCCGAUGAGGGCGACAAGCAGGACAGCGACUCGAAAGCGCCAAAAGCCGAUGAUGGUGACAAAGACGUCGACAUGAACGCCAACGACGACGGCGACGGCGACGGCAUCGAGACCCCAGAGCCGACAGAGGCGCCCGUCGAGGCGGCGGCGGCGGCCAAGGGCACCAGAAAGGGCCGGAAGAAGGAUGCGCUCGACCAGGGCAUCGACGGCAUCCGCAACGAGCUGAGGAGCAUCAUGCGGCAGGAGAAGCUGCGGCCCGUCGGCAACGGCAAGGCGUUGGCCGCCAACUACAACGAUGGCGUCAGCCCCGAAGACGUUCCGGAGCACAACGACUUUUUCGGCCUCGACUGGACCGACGACGACGCCGGGGGCGAGAACACGGUGCUGGUGGGCGAAAAGGCGCUGCGGUUGGCCAGCUUCUCGAUGCCCAUGACCGAGAAGCCCAAGCAGACGCGGCGGCAGGCGGCCGGCGGCAGCACGGCCACGGCCGAGCCCAAGCCCGAUCCGCAGAGGCCGUGGAAGCUCUUCCGCCCGUUUCAGCGGGGCACCCUCGACCUCAACGCGUACGAGGAGCACUACGGGCCCUCGGCCGCCGUCCAGGCUCUGUUGGGCGACGUGCGCGCCAUCCUCGAGCACGCCAUCGCGUCGCCGCCCGAGGACCCCGACAGCCGGCAGGAGAGCGGCGAGGUCGUCGCCCACGGCCUCGGCAUCCCGCACGACGAGUGGGAGGAGCACACCGUCAUCCUGAUCCUGCCGGACCUCUUCAGCCGCUCCGACCUCAAGGCGCUCGUCGAGCUGCUCCUCCAGGACAUGGGCUUCGCCGGCGCCUGCGUCCAGACCGAGGGCGUCUGCGCCACAUUCGGGGCGGGCCUCUCGACGGCUUGCGUCGUCGACCUCGGCGCCGAGCAGAUCAGCGUGUCGUGCGUCGAGGAGGGGCUGGUGCUGCCGGACACGCGCAUGGCGCUGUCGUACGGCGGCAAGGACAUCUCGCAGUUCCUCGGCGAGCUCUUUGUGCGCGCCAAGUUCCCCUACCGCGAGAUCGACUGGCAGGAAAAUGUCGCCGACGCGCUGCUUCUCGACACGCUCAAGGAGCGCCUCGUCACCCUCAAUCCGGCCGACGUCGGCCUCAACAUCCACGACUUCUACCUGCGCCUGCCCGGCAGGCCCACGGUCAAGUACCUCUUCCGCACCUACGACGAGCUGAUCCUCGGGCCCAUGAGCCUCUUUGACCCGGACGUCUUUGCGCUCGACCGCAAGGAGAUGCUCAAGGGCAAAUUCCGCGCCGGUUACACCGACGAGCUGCCCAUGGACGAGACCGUGGUCGAGGACGCGCCCGAGCUGGGCGUCGGCUACAGCGCCGACCUGCCUGUGACGACGGCGAUGCAGAGCUGCGUCAAGCACCUCUUGCCUGCCCCUCCCCCGCCGCCUCCGCCGCCCGCCGCCGCUGCUGCUGCAGGCACUCCCGUCCCAGCGGCGACGGCCAACGGCGCUGCCGGUGCGAACUCUGUCGCCGGCUCUGCAGCAGCGGCAGGGCCACCGUCCGAGACGGCCACCCCAGCAGGAUCGGCCCCUCCGCCGGACGUCAGUCCGGCCCUCAAACUCGAAGACGACAAGGCGCAGGCGGCCGAUGCGAGCCGUACCGGCUCUCCUGCCACCAACGCACCUGGCGGCGGGGCGGCGGCGGCAGACUCUUCCACUCCUGCGGGGACAGCGCAGGCGUCGCUCGAUGCCAAUGCCGCGGCCGUACCCGAGGAGGAGCCGAAGCCGACGGUCGACAUCGCAUACGAGGCGAGCAAGGUUUCGCUCGACCAGGCCGUCUUCAACUCGAUCCUGUCGUGCACCUCGGUGUCGGCGUCGGCGGGCGAGGAGCGGGUCAAGAAGAUGGCCAACAACAUCCUCUGCGUGGGGGGCACCGCGCUGAUCCCCGGCCUCGGCUCGGCGUUGGAAGCCAGGCUCAACGCGCUCUUUGCCACGCACUACGCCCAGACAACGGGCGAUGCGUCCAAUGCGCCAAAGGUGACGGUGAUUCCGCCGCCGCGCGACAUGGACCCGCGCAGCCUGGCGUGGAAGGGCAUGGCCGUGUUUGCGCGCCUCGAGAGCGCCAACGAGAUGUGGAUCCGGCGCGAGGACUGGGACCUGUUUGGCUUCCGCGCCGUCAAGGAGAAGACGUUGUUCCUCUGA